AUGAAAACUAUCAUUCUUUUUGGGCUACUGGGAGCCACAAUAUCAGCCCCGAUUAUCCCACAGCGCCUCUUGUCUGCAAGCAACAGCAACGAGUUCCUGCUGAAUCUCAACAAUGCUCCGCUUCAGCCACUGCAGCUGCAGGUCCCUUUUAACUCAUGGAUCCCCCCCUUCUCUGGGAUUCUACAACAGCAGCAGCAAGUCCAAACUCCGGGACUCUCCCCAGCCUCUGUAUCAACUCUAGACUGGGUUGCUAGACUUUUUCCAAAUCAGAUAACUUUCCCAGGACAGGUCAGCGUGGGCCAGGGAAACCAGCUGGGACAACUGGACCCCUCACAGCCUCAGACACCAGUGCAGACCCAACAGGGCCCUAAUCAGGAGAUACCCUAUGUCUUCUUUAAAAUGCCUCAAGAGCAAACACAGAUGCUUCAGUACUAUCCAGUUUACAUGCUCCUGCCCUGGGAACAGCCUCAGCAAACGGUCACGGAGUCACCUCCACACACAGGACAGCAGCAAUUUGAGGAGCAGAUGCCAUUCUAUACUCAGUUUGGAUAUAUCCCACAACAAGUUGAACCUGUCAUACCAGGAGGACAGCAGAAACUAGCCUUUGAUACCUUCAUGGGCACAGCUCCCGAAACUGCUGCGAUGCCAGCAGGAGGAGUGACACCGUAUUUAUCCAAAAAAAUGAUAAACUUUAGGCAUGCCAGUGGAGGAAUGUUCAUUCCUUCAACUUCACAAAAACCCAGCACAACAAAUGUUUUUGCUCCUGCUAUAGACCCAACUAUUACCCCAGAGCUCAUGGAAGAUAAGGCCAAGACUGGUAGCCUAAAGGAACCAUAA